UAAUUUGGAAUAACCUAGUCUAUCGCAUGCAAAGAACCUAAUGCGUACGGUACUAUGUGUCCACCAGCAUCUAACUAUUUAUAAAGUGAGCUGGUUGACCGCGUGUGCCGUUUAGAAUGGUGGAUUAUGCUUUACUGGAUCUAAAUCGAAGAUAAUUCAACUUUGUGUCUUUUAUGAUUGACUUAUUUCGUUGAAUAAAAACAUUACUUAAACCAUGAGACAAUCAUUUUUGUGAAAUUUAUAAAUUAAAUAUAUUUAGGAAUUAUCAUCAAAACACACACACACAUGGCUCUAUUAGGUGCACAACUUGUUAUCACUCUUAUUAUGGUCAGUGUCAUUCAAAAAUUAAGUCCACAUUUUUCAUUAGCUAGAUGGAUGUUAUGUUCCACCGGAUUGGAGCGAUAUUUGUAUCCAACUGAUCAACAACUUAGAAUCCUUGCUGGCGUACCCAAAGAAAAACAUAAAAAAGGUAAAAAUGUAGAAAACGGAAAGGUGGGAGAUGUAUUUCAUGUCCCUAGAAAUUUGGAUCUUACAUUAGAAAGUGCUAAGAUUACAGUACUAGACAUAGUUCAUUUAAAGUACUAUAUGGAGUAUCAAUGGUUAUUAGACUUCUCCAUUUAUGCUACUAUCGUAUAUGCAAUGACAGAGGUAUAUAAUUAUUUCUAUCCGAUUAAAGACGAAAUCAAUUUAAGCAUGCUCUGGUGCACGUUGGGAUUGGGUUUUGCAUUUAAGGUUUUACUUUCACUUUGGAUACGAUAUUUUAAGGGAGAAGAGAGCGUUGGUGAAAGAUCUACUUGCAUUGUUACCGGAUUCGCAUAUCUUCUUAUAGCUAUGAUGGUGUUAAUUGUAGAUGAAAACAAUCUUGAGAUUGGACUGGAUAAAGCGUAUACAAGCUUUAAUCACAGCGCCUCCUUGUUUUUAGACAAUCAAGGCCUUUCUUCUACGGGUCCUGCAUCUAAAAUCGUAGUUAAGUUCUUCCUUGCUUUGUGGUGUGGACUUCUUGGAUCUCUUUUUACUUUCCCAGGCUUAAGAGCAUCAAAAAUGCAUUGGGAUGCACUAAAAUAUUAUAAAAAUAGAAAACUAUUACUGCUAAUAGCAAAUAUAAGUUAUGCUUCACCACUUCUGUUAACAUGUCUAUGGAUUAAACCCAUAAGCAGAGAUUAUCUUACUGUUCGAAUUUUUACAGGAAUGAAUGGUCCACUGAUGACUGCUGCAACUUUCGAAAGCAUGAGAUUAAUCAUUAUUAUUCUAGCACUUGCAUUAAAAAUGAUUUUAAUGCCAAUGUAUUUGCAAUCCUAUUUAAAUUUGGCUUUACAAAAGUUAGAAAAUCAGAAAAAAGAAGCAGGAAGGAUAACCAAUGUAGAAUUGCAAAAGAAGAUAGCAGCUGUAUUUUAUUACUUGUGCGUAGUAGCAUUGCAGUUUAUUGUUCCAAUUAUUAUGUGUUUGUUCUUUACAUUUAUGUAUAAGACCCUUGGUAAUUAUACAUGGGAAGGUAUUAUUAAGGGUACGUUGGUUGAAGAAUGUCCAGCUGAUGAAUCACAUAAGAUUGUACAAAGUAUCAGUACAGAAACUAACGAAAAGACUGUAACGCAAACUGCUCAAGAAAUUCAACAUACAUUUGGUUCAUUAAAACAGAUAUUCACUAUCGAUGUAUAUAGAGGUUUGUUAGGAUUAGCCACAUGGUGGACUUGUUUUUCAUUGUUUGCUACCACAGCUAUGGGAAUGUUUUAUCAGUCAUACUUUUCAACCAUGUAAAAUCCCAUCAAACAAAUUAAUGUCACAACGCACAAAUUUACAUCGUUCCUCGCAUUAUACCCUCCAUAUUAUUAUUACAAAAUACAUUACAUUUAGAACUAUCUCAUAUCAAUAAAGAUACGUGUUUUUAGAUUGUACCUUCACUUUUUAGUGGGUAUAUAUAUUUACAUACAUAAUAUUGAUCGUAAUUUUUCGAUAAAACAGUAAUCGAUAUUGAUCGAUUAUUGUUUAACAAUAAGAUUUUAUAACGAUAUUAGCGAUAAGAACACGAAAAUUGUAAUACGAAAAUGUAGGAAAUAUGUAUGCUUCUUUCAGAAUAUUUACCAAAAUAAA